AUGGCCUCUGCCCCGCUCGCCAGCGCAAACGCCGCUGAUCCCUCCUCCUCCCGCAAGGUCUUCACCAUCGGAACGCGCAAGUCCAAGCUCGCUUUGCUCCAAACCGAUUUGGUCCAGGCCGCUCUCAAGGCCAAAUGGCCCGAAUAUGAAUUUAAGAUCCACUCGCGUGAAACCGCCGGCGACCAGAACACUACCAUCGCGCUGCGGGACUUCACCACCAAGAACCUGUGGACUCAGGAAUUGGAGGAGCUGUUGGUGGCCGGUCAUGUGGACCUCAUCGUGCAUUCGCUCAAGGAUGUCCCCACUUUGCUGCCGCCCUCAUGCACACUGGGCCCGAUGAUGGACCGGGAAGAUACGCGCGACGUCUUGGUCGUCAAGCAGGGAUUACCGUACAAGAGCCUGGCCGACCUGCCUGCGGGUUCGGUGGUGGGCACCUCCUCCAUCCGCCGCACUGCCCAGUUGGCGCGGCGGUACCCCCAUCUCAAGGUCACGGAUGUUCGCGGAAACAUCGGCACUCGUCUGUCGAAGCUGGACGCGGAGGAUAGCCCGUACGCCUGUCUGAUCCUGGCGGCCGCCGGGCUGCUCCGCCUGGACCUGCAGGAUCGCAUCACCGCCUAUCUGGACUCCCAGAACGCCGGCAUGCUCUACGCCGUCGGGCAGGGGGCGCUGGGGAUUGAGGUCCGCAAGGAUGAUCGGCUUGUGCUCGACAUGUUGUCUGGCAUCGGUCACCAGGAGACGACUCUGGCCUGUUUGGCGGAGCGCAGCCUGCUGCGCACCCUGGAGGGUGGCUGCAGUGCCCCCCUGGGUGUCGAGUCGGAGUGGGUUCGCGGGGCCGAUGGCUCGUCCAAGUUGAGGAUGCGGUCGGUUGUCGUUAGUGUGGAUGGCAGUGAGAGCUCCGAGGUGGAAGUGGAUGGUUCCGUGGAUACCCCUCACGCUGCUGAGGAGUUCGGGGUCACGGUCGCCAAUGCUCUGGUGGCUAAGGGCGCUGGAAAGAUCCUCGAAGAGAUCCAGCGGAACAAGCAGGCCUCUCAAUGA